AUGAAUUACAACCCAGUGCUUGAUAUUAGAACAAAUCUACUCUUUCAAAAGUUCCAAUGCUCUAUAUCGGGCGCCCAACGCGCUCCUCGUGUAUUCCUCCGAUUCACGGCUCCUGAUCCUCCGGUAGUGGGCUCUUCGUGGACUGAUCCUCCGGCUGUGGCCUCCUCGUGGACGGAUCCUCCGGCUGUGGCCUCCUCGUGGACUGAUCCUCCGGCUGUGGCCUCCUCGUGGACUGAUCCUCCGGCUGUGGCCUCCUCGUGGACUGAUCCUCCGGCUGUGGCCUCCUCGUGGACUGAUCUUCCGGCUGUGGCCUCCUCGUGGACUGAUCCUCCGGCUGUGGCCUCCUCGUGGACUGAUCCUCCGGCUGUGGCCUCCUCGUGGACUGAUCCUCCGGCUGUGGCCUCCUCGUGGACUGAUCUUCCGGCUGUGGCCUCCUCGUGGACUGAUCCUUCGGUUCUGGGGUUAUCGAGGACUCCUCCUCUUCAAGUUCUGGACUGUGGGGGCUGA